CUCGCUCUCUCUCUGUCUCUAUAUCUCUCUGUCUCUUUUUCUCUCUCUAUCUUUCUCUCUCUCGUAGCUGCUCGUGUGUAUAUCGGAGAGCGUGAGGUGUGUGAUGAUUGUUAGCUACCGACCGACGGACGUCGCCUCUCCAUAUUUUUCUUCUCGUGCGUGAGUGUCGUCGGCAUCGCUACGUGAUCUCGUGCGCUUUCGUCGUCGGAGCGUCCGGAACCUAUAUAAUUCACUAUCACACUGUCGUCAUUAACGUCGCCCAGUGACGCUGCCGUCAUUAACGUCGCCUAGUGACGCUGCUGUUGCCUUCAACGUCGCCCAGUGACGUUGGCGUCAUCAUCGACGUCGCUCCGUGACGCUACCGUCGCCUUCAACGUCGCGAAGUGACGCUGCCGUUGUCAUUUACGUCACCCAGUGACGCUACCGUCAUCGACGUCACCCAGUGACGCUGCCGUCAUUAACGUCACCCAGUGACGCUGCCGUCAUUGACGUCACCCAGUGACGCUGCCGCCGCCUUCAACGUCGCCCAGUGACGCUGCCACCGUCAUCGCCGUCACCCAGUGACGCUACCUUCAUCGACGUCGCCCAGGGAUGCUACCGUCGCAAUUAACGUCGCCAGGUAACGCGUCGGCAGCGAUGUCGGCAAACGACAGCCUGCUGUCGGCGCUGUGUCAACUGAACGCGUCGUCGUUGGCGGCGGCCAACUGCACGUGGCUGGCCGACGGCAGCGAGAUGCCGACGACGCCGCAGUACAUUAUCACGUGUUCGACGGUCUUCUACGUUCUCAUCUUCCUGCUGGGAACCGUCGGCAACGUGCUGGUGGUGUUCGUCGUCGCUGCUAACAAGGAUAUGAUCAACUCGACGAACAUCUUCCUCGUGAACCUGAGCGUCGCCGACCUGCUCGUCAUCGUCGUCUGCAUGCCGUCGGCGCUCGUCGACAUCUACGCGAAGGAGAUCUGGUAUCUGGGAGAGAUCAUGUAAACUAUUUACGCUAGCGUAGGCUCUUCACUCCAAAACAACUUAUGUGUAUCUAUACGCCGAAACCGCGUCGAACGAAGUUUUUCCCUAGUUCGGAGCACAUUUCUGGCGCAAUAAGAACAUUUCGUGAUGUUUGCAUACUGCAAGUAUGCUCACAGUAGGUGUAAGUAGGCUUUUUGUUGCGAGGUUUAUCUACUUUAAACAUCAG